GUCGCCGUUAAUCUCGGAAUUUCGGACCGUCAAUGCCAGGCCGAGGUGAUCGAAGGAUACUGCCGUAUAUGGCCGAUGCAUUUCCUGACGUUUGUUUGGACUGCCCAUCAUGUUCGACUACAACAGUUUUCGAGAAGUACCUGCUGCGAAGAAGAGACUGGCCGGUGCAUGUGAUAGGUGUCGUCAAAAGAAAGUUAAAUGCCAUAGUACUACCGCGCAAGAGAACAAUUGUUCGAAAUGUGUCGCUUCCAAUACAAAGUGCACGCAUACAGAUUUAAUCAAGAGACGUGGGUCAAUGCCAAGUUAUACACAGGAUUCCUUUGCUAGUUCUUCGAGCUCAAAGAGACAUGGGCCUCACCUUAGCUAUGUACACAGCCUGGAACGGCGCGUGAAUCAGUUGGAGUGUAUGCUCAAACAGCUCAAUCCGAACGCUUGUCAACCAGAAGAAAUGGCAGGACGAGAGACCUCGCCUGAGCGUCCGCCGAUAUCCAUGUGCGCCCCUAUGUCUCGACAAGCGAGCCAAUCAUCCGAGAUUACCGAGUCAGAGGACUUUUCAUACCCGGACAUCAUGAAAAGUUUAAAAAGAUUGGCGCCUCACCAUUUCGAGAGCUUUAGUCAGAGGUAUUUCGGACGUUCAAGCACUUUUUCACUCCUUACAGAUGCCAUAUACAUCAAGAAGAAGUCUACGGGCGACGAGAAUAUAAUACAAUUUCGAGAGUAUUUCGAUCUACAGCCUUGGGAACGGGCAACAGCCGACGCUGAGACUCCUCGUUAUGUGUAUCCCGACAAUGACCUCAUCCAGAGCCUCGUUGCUAUCUAUUUCGAAACAAUUAAUCCGGUCGUUCCAAUUCUGCAUCGGCCUACUUUCGAAAAGCAAGUUGACGAAAGAUUACAUUUGCGAGACUAUGAUUUCGGCGCUGCAUUACUGCUUGUCUUGGCAGUGGCUUCGCGAUAUUCUGACGACCCACGAGUUUUGGCAAAUCUAAGUUCCAAGCUUUCUUCGGGAUGGAGAUUCUUCGAGCAGGUCCAUAUCUACAAGAAAGCAGGUUACGAUCCUCCAUGCUUGUAUGAGCUUCAGGUCGCUGUGCUCGGGGGUGUAUACGCCCUUGGGACUUCUGUUCCCGAGUUGAGCUGGACCAUGAUCGGGGUUGGACUACGUUCUGCGAUAGCUAUAGGGCUACAUAGACGAAAGACGGGAGGCUGCAAGUUCACGGUCGACGACGAGCUUAAGAAGCGGUCAUUUUGGGUGCUUGUUGUACUCGAUAGGCUCCUAGGACUAUAUGUUGGAUAUCCUGCCAUGAUACAAGACGAGGAGUUGGACCUAGAAAUGCCAGUUGAGUGUGACGACGACUAUUGGGAGGUAGCUCCAGACGGCCAAAUACGUUUCAAUCAACCCUCUGACGAACCUUCACAAAUCAGCUAUAUCAACGCAGUGAUACGGUUAACCGAAAUAAUGUCCGUUGUCAUGAAGACAUUGUGUUCUAUUAAGAAAGCUCGAGCCAUGUCGGGUCUCACGGGGAAGAGCUGGGAGCAGCGGCUAGUUGCCGAAUUGGAUUCCUCUCUGAAUGCGUGGGUAGACUCGAUCCCCGAUCAUCUACGUUGGGAUCCCAAACGUGAGAAUGGAUUAUUCUUGUACCAAUCCGCAUCCCUGUACAGCGUCUACUAUAUGGUCCAGAUACUCAUACACUGCCCCUUCCUACGCAAAGACUCGUCAUUGUCCGUGCCUUCUCUCAUUAUCUGCACAAAUGCGGCGAGGGCGUGCACUCGAAUCAUCGAAGUUCACAUGACUAGAAUAAGGACUGUCAAUCCCCAGAUAGUUAUGGGCGCGUUCACCUCCGGCACUGUGUUCGCUAUGAAUAUCUGGAGCGUCAAACGGGCGGGUCAUGCUCUUAACGCAAAGGACCUUGCGGGAUUUGAACUGUGUCUAGCCGCCCUCGAAAACGCUGCCCAUACAUGGAAUAUUACAGGGGGUAUGCUCCUCUUGUUUAAGGCCCUGGCUUCCGUAGAGAGCUCUAAAACAUUAGAUGACUCCACGGUACCCCCGACACUUCAUGAGAACGUGACUGUUGCUCCAGCUGAUUCUAUAUGGAGUCCGUACGAUGCCAUGCCACAAAAUGCACUUCUUCAAAGUAUUCAGCCCUUCUGUACCUUUGUGUUGUCCUAUAUAUUUGAUUAUCAAUUAACGAGACCCGACUUCUUAGGUGAACAAGUAUACUCGGAAAAUAAUUUGGCGAAUCAACUGGGCGCGGGCCCGCCAUUAGGCUGGGCAAAUGAACCUUUCCUUGGGCUCUCAAGCUCAGCCCAGCCACCAUAUCUCAACAUGGAAUCGGGGUUAUCUAGAGAACUGUCAAGCAAUAUGUGGACUAGCACGGCUUUAGGGCUUAGUUUCUCGGAGUGGAAUACUUUUGUUACAGACAUGGAUCCGGAGCUAAUUGAUGGUCUUCAUAAAUAUUACGGCGACGCUGGUACUAACACUUCUUGAUUGUAUUUUUUUACAGUACGUGCAGAUUUAAAUACAGGCGACGAUGCUACGGGAAGAACGUCAGAGUUUCGGUUUCGAGAGGAUCCACGUGCUACAGUAUUUUCCCUCAGAGUCAAAGUUAUUCGAUCGUCG